UUUCGCCGUUGUAUUUAACAUCUACGCAAUUUGAAUAGGGACAUAUUUUGGUUCGAGGCCGACGAUAUCUCUUCGUUACGAUUGUCAGUUUUAUUACAGUUUAAAGAUAUUUUGGUGAUUUUCAUUUUCAUAUCAUAGAGGAAACUAAAAAUAAAUCAGAUUCUCUAGUGAACGUAUCUCACGUAACUUUUUCAACAAAGUUAAGGGUUAUCACAGGAAAGAAACAUGGCUAAUGAACACUUGAAGAAUAAAUGGAGAAUGUGGUUUGGAGUGAUUGAUGCCCAGCACAAACAUAGACUCUCACAUGAAGACAUAACGGAGAAAGAGAACAAAUUUGCAAUUAUCAAUCACCUUGAUGCUGAGAAGAGAAAACAAGUGAUGGACACCAUUGACAAACUGGUCAAUGAAAAUGUUUUCUAUGGGAAGCCAGGUCCAAUCUCUGAAGACGAGUUCAUUGACAUGCAAAACGAAGACUUCAAGGCUGACAAAGAAAGCUACAUUGCCAAACGACGGAAUUACUUUACCGUACUGUUUCAGACCAUGCAUUUGUCCGGAGAAGGCGUGUCCGAGGAAGAGUUUGUUAACGCAUUUAGAGCCUCUGGUCAUGAGAAUAUCGCGCUUGAUAAACAGUUCUUCCAAAUGUACAAACCUGAGGAUGGAUUAGUGCCCUUGAGUGUUUUGAUAGACUCUUGGGUUCAGUUUACAACAUGCGAAGACAGUUCAAAGCUGGACAUUGUGAAAACUGGUCUAGAAUCAGGCAUAUGAAAAGUAAAUUUUGUAUUCAAAGUGUAUUAACAUUACAAUAAUCAUCAUAGGCAAGCACAUAUUUUCAGCUUUUUUAAAAGACUGCAAAAGAUAGACACCUCUAUAUAUUUUAGAUCGUAUAUAUAAGAUUAAACUUUAUUGAUUUGAUGUGUUUAAAAAUCUCUUGUAACUUCUUUACUUCUUACUUGCAAAAAUACUUGUAUUAAUAAAACAGAAAUAAACUAUACAUACACUA